AACAACAACAGCAACACCUAGCAUACCAUGGCGUUCCAUUAUGACUUCAGUACCGCUGUGGGCUAUUUUAAUUACCCAGUGUGGUCAAAGUUGGGCUUUUUACACCCAACUUACCGAAUUGCCUACAUAUAUGAAUAAUAUUUUACAUUUCGAAAUACAAUCGAAUGCUGUAUUAAAUAGUGUACCCUAUCUCACCUCAUGGUUGGUGGGUAUUGGCUGUUCAGCUGUGGCCGAUUGGAUGUUAGAACGUCGUUAUAUUAGCACUUUGAAUUCCUAUAAAUUUUGGAAUUCCAUUGCCUCGAUAAUACCCUCAUUGGGUAUGAUUGGUGUUGGCUAUGUUGGUUGCAGUUGGCAAUGGGUAACAUUUAUGUUGGCUGGUGUGGGAUCCUUUGCCGGGGCCAUUUAUCCCGGCAAUCAAAUGAAUCACAUUUCCCUAAGUCCAUCAUAUGCCGGAACAAUGUAUGGUAUAACUAAUUCAGCUGCCAAUAUUUGUGGAUUCCUCGCACCCUAUGUGAUUGGUCUGAUUAUCAAUCACAAUGAGACCAUGCUACAGUGGCGUAAGGUAUUCUGGUUGGCUGGGGGUUUAAAUAUUGCCGGCAACUUGAUAUAUCUAAUAUUUGCUAGUGCGGAUGAGCAAAGUUGGUCACGACCAGAAAAUCAGCAAAUCGAAAACAAUCAUGAAAGAUCACCAAGACGACGAAAUCGAAGAGAAGUAAAUGACGACAAUGAAAUUACAACGUAA